AUGGAUUCUCAUUACAGGCGUUCGUCUGUGUCUUCUCAUCAUUUCUUUCCUCACGAUCGUCAUUACGAUGAACCGGAAGCGCCUCCACCAGGGCCUUCCCGACUGAAGCCAGGAGCACAACUAACAAUGAUGCGCUUCUUGCAGGACCUCCCAGAUGCCGAGGCUCCCCCUACAGAUGUCACCCCACGCUACCACACUGGUCGCCUUCCUAACAGUAAGGCGGGAGAUGGUAAACCCAGAUUGCUGCUCAUGGGUCAGCGAAGGAGCGGCAAGUCGUCCAUUUCCAGUGUAGUGUUUCACAAACUCCCGCCAAGCGAAACUCUGUAUCUAGAAACGACUACGAGGAUCAAGAAGGAGUCUAUGCACUCUUUCAUGGACUUUCAAGUUUGGGAUUUCCCGGGCCACCUCGACUAUUUCGAUCCGGCCUUUGACGUCGACAACAUCUUCGAGGAGAUCGGAGCAUUGAUCUGGGUCAUCGAUGCUCAAGAUGAAUAUCUCGAAGCUAUAAUGCGCCUCAACACCACCAUCUUGAACCUACAGCACUCGUACCCCAACAUCAACGUCGAAGUGUUCGUCCACAAGGUAGACGGCCUCUCCGAGGACUACAAAGGCGACACAUUCCGGGACAUCAUCCAGCGAGUCCAAGACGAGCUCUCCGACCACGGCUACGAGAACGCGCCCGUCUCCUUCUACCAAACCAGCAUCUACGACCACUCUAUCUUCGAGGCAUUCUCCAAGGUCAUCCAGAAACUGAUCCCACAGCUCCCAACCCUCGAAGCCCUUCUCAACAGCCUCUGCUCGACUUGCAAGAUCGAGAAGGCGUACCUGUUCGAUAUCAUGAGUAAGAUCUACAUCGCAACAGACACCAGCCCGACGGACAUUGGCAGUUACGAGAUCUGCUCCGACUACAUUGACGUCGUCAUCGACGUCAGCGAGAUCUACGGAUGGGACCGUCCUGCCGAGAACGGCAACGCCGAAGUCGUGGAGAACGGGAACAACGAUGCAGAGAGCCUCAUCACGAUGGAGAAGAAGGGCAACAACUACCUUUACUUACGGGAGAUCAACAAAUACCUUGCCUUGAUAUGUCUCAUGGGCGAUGACAGCCCAGCCGAGAAGAAGGCAGUUGUCGACUACAACGUCGGCGUGUUCCAGGAUGCCUUGAAACAGGUCUUCCCAAGAGCCGAGCGGGAUCUCCCCGUUAUCCAAACGAGCUGA